GCGGGAGCGAUUCCGGUACAGCCCAGGGACCCCGGUACAGCCCGGUACAGCCCAGGGACACCGGUACAGCCCAGGGACCCCGGUCCUGCCUGUGCCGGUCCAGCGGCGCCAGAGACCCUCGGCCAUGGGCGAGCGCAAGGGGACCAACAAGUACUACCCACCUGACUUCGACCCCGCCAAGCAUGGCUCCCUCAACAAGUACCACCACAGCCACCCCCUGCGGGAGCGCGCCCGGAAGCUCUCCCAGGGCAUCCUUGUCAUCAGGUUUGAGAUGCCCUUUAACAUUUGGUGCGACGGGUGCCAGAACCACAUCGGGAUGGGUGUCAGGUACAACGCGGAGAAGAAGAAGGUGGGGAACUACUACACCACCCCUGUGUACAGGUUCCGGAUGAAGUGUCACCUGUGCGUCAACUACAUCGAGCUGCAGACGGACCCCGGGAAUUGCGACUACGUCAUCGUCAGCGGGGCCCGGCGCAAGGAGGAGCGCUGGGACCCCGGGGACAGCGCCCAGGUCCUGCCCACCACCCCGGAGCAGCGGGAGCGCCUGGCUGUGGAUCCCAUGUUCCGGCUGGAGCACGGGGUGACGGACCGGGGGGUCCUGGAGCGCGCCACCCCCACUCUGACGCGCCUGCAGGAGGCUCAGGACGCCUGGAAGGACGAUUUCGGCCUCAACAGCCGCCUGCGGAGGCGAUUCCGGGAGGAGAAGAAGACGCUACGGGAGGAGGAGGAGGAGGCGGCGGCGCUGCGGGCGCGGGCCGGGCUCAGCAUCCCGCUGCUCCGUGAGGAGGAGGAGGAUCGGCGCCUCGCCGCCCUGCUCAGCCUCCGUGCCCCCGACUCCUACGAGGAGAAGCAGCGGCUGAAGCGCUCCGAGAUCUCCCAGCGCUCCUGGUUCGCCCCCGGCACGGCCCGAGCGGCUGGGGGGGCCCUGCAGAAAUUGGGUUUGGGGACGGGACGGGCUCCGAGGACACCCCCGGGCCCACCCCCGACCCCCGCCGGGCUCGGCAUCGUGCGGCGGCGGGCGGGGGAGGAGGGCGGGGGGGCGGAGGGGACGCCCCCGGUACCCCGGGGCACCCCCGAGGCCGCCCCCCAAGCUGGGGGAGCCCCCCAGGACGGCGCCGCUGCUGCCCCCGCCCCGUCCCUCGUCGCCGACUACUCGGACUCCGGCUCCGAGAGCCCCUGAGCGGGGUUUUGGUCUUGGGGGGGGGGCCCGAGCCCCGUUCUUCCCCCCCAUCCACCCCUGUAAUUUAUACCCUCGAGCAGCUCAAAAUUAAAAGCUGUCGGUGGUCUGUC